AUGCCAGAAUCUGCUGCGGCCAAGUUGUCGCCUAAACGGCGCAAAGUGAAUAAUCGCACUCAUAAGACCGAUGGCGAUGUCAUUACCGAUCCCCGUUUCGCUAAUGUCCAAUCCGACCCCCGAUAUCGACUCCCUAGCAAGAAACAUACCCGUGUAAAACUUGACAAGCGGUUUUCUCAUGUGCUUCAUGAUAAAGACUUUUCCAAAAAUGCAGCAGUCGAUCGGUAUGGAAGGAAGUUACGUCGAGACGAUACCAAGAAGCAGUUGGAAAGAUUUUACAGAUUGGACAAGGAUGAAGGAGAUGUCAGCGCGGACGAUGACGACGAAGUUCAAAAGGAAUUGCGUCGCGUGGACAAAGAGGACUAUGACCCUGCGAGAGAUGGCGGAUUUUCAGAAUCUUCCUCGUCAGAAGAAAGCUCUAGUGACGAGGAGAGCGACGUGGAAGCGCAGGACCAGUCGGCGGAGGUCGAACAGCCUAGUAAUCAGCAGGGCGAUGUCCCUCUUGGGGAGGUUACAAAAAGAAUCGCGGUUGUCAAUCUAGAUUGGGAUAAUAUACGUGCAGAGGAUUUGAUGGCGGUGUUUUCGAGUUUUCUCCCCCCGAGUGGGAAGAUUUUGAACGUCUCUGUUUACCCAAGUGAAUUCGGAAAAGAAAGGAUGGAAAGGGAAGAGAUGGAAGGGCCUCCGAAAGAAGUGUUUGCGAAAAACAAUGAAGACGUUGAUGAGGACCUGGACAGCGAUGAUGCAGAAGAGGACGAGGAAGAAGACGAAGAAGAGAAAAUCAAACAGUCCAUCUUGAAAGAAGACGAGGGCCAGGAUUUUGAUUCUGCACAGUUGCGGAAGUACCAGUUGGAGAGACUUCGUUACUUUUAUGCUAUUUUGACAUUCUCGUCAAAGGAGGCUGCGAAACAUAUCUACGAUGCAAUUGACGGCACCGAGUACAUGAGCAGCGCGAACUUUUUUGACCUUAGGUUUGUCCCCGAGUCCACAGACUUCGCGGAUGAUAUCCCGAGAGAUGACUGUGACAAAAUACCAGACGGUUAUAAACCCAAUGAUUUCGUCACUGAUGCGCUACAACACAGCAAAGUAAAACUUACUUGGGAUACGGAUGAUAAGGCGCGGAAAGACGCCCAAGCAAGAGCUUUCAAGGGCGGCAGGAAAGAAAUUGAUGAAAACGAUUUGAAGGCUUACCUUGGAAGUGACAGCUCUGACGACGAGGACGAAGCGGUUGAAGUAGUUGACACUACUGAAGAAGCCGGCGAAAAGAAGAAAUUAAGUAAAAAGGAGGCUGAACGCGCUAGGGUUCGUGCUCUUCUCGGGCUAAGCAGUGAAGCUUCAAGUAAGGGGAAAGGCAAGGGGCCUGUGGGCGAUAUGGAGGUUACUUUCUCUGCAGGAUUAACGGCAGCUCCAACCCAAGAAUCUGUCUUUGAAAACGAGCCUGAAAAGGAAGAAACGACACGAGAAAAAUACGUAAGGAAAGAAAGAGAGAGAAAACAACGGCGAAAGGCCAAGCUCAAGGCAGCUAGAUCUGGCGAGGCAAUCGCUGAGAUUGAGGGCGACGGGGUUGAGCCGGAAGGCAAAGAAGAAGAUCUUGGAUUCAACGAUCCAUUUUUCACUGCUCCCGAAUUAGAUUCUGCCAAAGUGGCAGCCAAGCGAAAGGAAGAGAAGCGAAAACAGCGUCAAGAGCGCGAAGCCGAUGAAAAGGCUGCCGCUUCGAAGCGCGCUGAGCUUGAGCUUUUGAUGAUGGAUGAUCAAGUUUCGAAAAUCAAACAUUUCGAUAUGAACGAGAUCGAAAAAGCUCAGAAGCGCGCACGGAAAGCGAGCAAACAUAAAAGAGGAAAGAAAGGGGACGACGUGGCUCCGGUUGACGAUUUCAAGGUCGACGUCAAGGAUCCCAGAUUCCAACGCCUUUACGAGAGCCAUGAAUAUGCUAUUGAUCCCACCAAUCCUCGCUUCAGGCAGACGGAGGGCAUGAAAGCAUUGCUGGAAGAAGGUCGCAAACGGCGACGAAACGACCAUGGUGAAGAGGUCGAUCGCGAUCAUGUAGAGCCAAUAAAGAAGAAAAAGAAGGGCAAGGAAGCAGACGGUGAAGCUGAAGAGCUGAGCAAACUGGUUGAACGGGUCAAGGGCAAGGUCAAAAAGGCGUAG